AUGAGUCAGAUAAAUGUAGCGAGCAAUUUCGCGGUUGAUUUUGAUGCGUACGUCCAUUUCGCGUACUACGUUGGAAAGUAUCUCAUGAGACACUGCUCCAACGAAACAUGCGAUGAGAGGAAGGUUGUAAAUUGGUAUCUCGAUCAUUUUCGAGGACUGCUGUGUCAGACACAGUCAAGUGCAAGCAAGCUACAGCUAGUGUAUGGCAAACUCAUCAACAACCUCAUCCGCGACGAGUGUCUGCUUAUCGCCGAAGAAACGUCAGAGAGGAGAACUAUUAAGAAACACCCUUCUUUUUUUGUAUGGGCAUGGCGUUCGCAAGCUAAGUCACAUGAGUACAACAUGUUAAAUCUUUAA